AUGAACAUUGAUGAACAAUUAUUAAUAUAUAUAUAUAUAUUUCAACAUUUGGAUAUCAUUUUCCUUAAAGCAAUAAUUCAAUCUCAAUUCCAAAAUUUAGAUAUCUUAACAAAUCAAUAA